AUGGCGACCACUCCAUUGCAAAGUGGUGUUCAGGCCGUUGGGCGUCUGGCCAUGGUGAGGCCAGCGGGCGUGGUGUUGACUCGCGCAGCAUAUAACUAUGGACGACAGACUGUGGGAGGCCUGCGCAUGGCCAGCACUGUCACAACCGAGGGAAACGCGUUGAGUGGGUAUUCCAACACUGUCGAGGAAGAAACUUCACAGGAACUCGUUCUAAUUGUUUGCUCAGACAAAAAGGAACGAGUCGUAAUCCUGGGUUCCGGAUGGGCUGGCUAUGCUUUUGCAAGGACGCUGGAUCCAAACAAGUUUGAGAGGAUCAUAAUAUCUCCGCGCUCCUACUUCGUCUUCACCCCACUGCUUGCUGGCACAUCGGUUGGGACGCUGGAGUUCCGCGCCGUACUUGAGUCCGUACGGAGACUGGGUCUGGUCAACUUCCACCAGGGAUGGGCCGAUGAUAUUGACUUCAGUCGCAAGACCAUCCACGUUGAAGCCAACACGUCCGAUGACCUAGCCUCAAGAACGAGGCUAUUAAUGAAACGCUCGCAAGAUCCCGCCGAGAAAGGUCCUAUGUUUGACGUCCAGUAUGACAAGCUCGUCGUCGCAGUAGGGGCAUACAGCCAGACUUUCGGCAUCGAAGGCGUCAAGGAGCACGCCAACUUCCUGAGGGACAUUGGUGACGCCCGAAAGAUCCGCAUGAAAGUGCUACAGAGCUUCGAGAAGGCAACUCUACCGAUCACCACUAACGAGGAGAAGCGCAAGUUGCUUCAUUUCGCCAUCGUGGGUGGUGGGCCUACAGGAAUCGAGUUUGCCGCCGAGCUACAUGAUCUGGUACACGAGGACCUUGCGAAAACAUACCCGGAUCUGAUUAAGCUCGUCAACAUCACCGUCUACGACGUCGCGCCGAAAGUACUGCCCAUGUUCGACCAGAAACUGGCGAAAUACGCUAUGGACACGUUCGGGCGAGAGGGCAUUGCCGUCAAGACAGAGCAUCAUCUGACACGGAUCCGGCCUGACGAGGACUGCGAAGGCUGCCUAAAAUUGAAGAUCCAGGAGUAUGGCGAAGAAGAGGUCGGAGCUGGUAUCGUGGUCUGGAGUACGGGACUGAUGCAGAACCCUCUGGUCAAGAAGAUGGAAUCGAAAGUCAUUCAGCGCCUAUCGCCCUCGGGCGAUGCUUUCUCGGCAGAAGAGAUGCAAAUACAGAAAGAUCCCAAGACCAAAAGCAUCGUCACCGACUCGCAUCUACGCGUCACCAUGGUACCAGCGGGCUCGCAAGAAAACGCAAACGAGAUGGUCAAGGGCAGUCUGUUGCCGGACGUAUACGGCAUUGGCGACUGCACCGUCAUAAAGGGGCAGGGCUUACCAGCCACCGCACAGGUGGCGAGUCAGCAGGCGACGCACCUGGCGAAGCGGCUCAACAAGGGAGACGUCGACCAAACCCCAUUCAAGUUCAAGAACUGGGGCACGAUGACGUACCUGGGCAACUGGACAGCCAUCCACCAGAGCAGCGCCGACGAGCUGACGGGCUGGGCGGCUUGGGUACUGUGGCGCACGGCGUACCUCACCAAGAGCAUGAGUCUACGGAACAAGAUCAUGGUGCCCGUGUACUGGGCCAUGUCGUGGAUAUUUGGAAGGGACAUCUCACGGUUCUAG